GUUUAUAUACAGAGAGAGAGAGAGAAAUUGAGAAAGAGAUUAUUGUAAUCUUAUUCACUUCUUGAUGAGAUUCAGGUUCCACAACUUUAUUUAUUUUUCCUCCUUCAACUUCAUUUGGAUUACUUUUCUACCAGGACAUUUCUGAAGUCUGUACUUUGGACUUUCAAGUACAGCUUCAAAGUUUUCACUAGAGCCUACAGGAGUUUGUUGCUUGAAUCCCAGCUGUGCACCAGAGUCUGAAACCCCAUCAUGUCACAUCCACAAUACCUUCCUCCCUUGGAACGCGUAGCAAUAUGCGGGGGCACUCAUGGGAAUGAAAUGUCAGGUGUUUAUCUAGUCAAGCACUGGCUACGGGAUCCAUCUGAGUUGCAACGCAGCACCUUUCGGGUCACACCUUUUGUGGGAAACCCACGUGCAGUCGAGCAGUGUGUCCGCUACACUGGGAGGGAUCUUAAUCGUACGUUCGCUGCAGCUUUUCUAGAUACCAAGGCUUCAGAUUCAGACCUUCAUGAGAUUCAACGUGCUCAGGAGAUCAACCAGAUCUUUGGACCCAAAGGCUCAUCUGAAGCCUAUGACUUUAUGUUAGACCUACACAACACCACAGCCAACAUGGGAUCCUGCCUCUUACUGAAGUCUGAAUUUAGCCUGUUGUCCAUACACAUGUGUAACUACAUCCAGAAGCACUGUACAGUGAGACAUUGUCCCAUCUUAAUCUGUCAACCACCUGGAGAGGAGGCUACUUUCAUGAUGUCAGUGGCUAAACACGGUCUAGCAUUAGAGUUGGGUCCACAACCCCAGGGAGUGGCACGAGCUGACCAGCUUGCUAAGAUGAGAACAAUUGUGGCCUGUGCUUUGGACUUCAUUGAGCUUUUUAACAAAGGCACCUUGUUCCCAGCCUUUGAAAUUGAGGCCUACAGACCAGUUGAACGGAAGGACUUCCCCCGUUAUCCCAAUGGGGAGAUUUCUGCUGUAAUACAUCCAAAUCUACAG